AUGUUCUGCGAAUCGGAAUUCUGGAACGAAAAAAUUCGAUGGUACGGACCAUUGAUAUUUUUGGUGUUGACGCCGUUCGUUCUACUAUUGACAGCGUCAUCGGGCGUCUUCUCAGUUUAUUAUAUUACCGAAUCGACGGAGGAUAGGUUUGAUUCAUUUCUGUCUUUAUUUGGCUAUUAUGGCGAGCUUUUCAUCAAAUUGACUAUCGGAGUGCUUCCAUUUUUCGGCUAUUUAUCGAUUCUGCUCAAAAUGCGAAGCCAUAAAAGGAGACUCAACCAAUCCGUCGAUUAUACAGUCAUCAAACAAGCGUUUCCAAUCGCCUGCUUUCAAUUGAUCACCGGCAUACUGAGUUUAGCACUCCAUAUCGCCUUUUAUGGAACAGACAAUGCGUUUCUCAUAUCGUUGGUGAUAAAGCACGUUUUUGGGCAGCCUCUGUGCAUCGUUGUGCCGAUCUCGAUUCUUCUCGGCAACAGCACUCGUCGCGAGAAGAUGCCGUUGUUGUUCGUCUGCCGAUGCGGCGUCGCCAACAAUGUCCAUGAUUCCACUCAACAAAAUCCAAGCUCCUUAACAACAAAUGUUUAA